AUGGCCUCGAUGACAGCCAUAGCCGUAUGGCUUUCCGUCCUCAUCUUACUUCUCAAGCCUCUACGCGGGCUCUAUAGGACUUUCAUCUGGCCUUUCUUCUCUCCCCUACGCAAUGUUCCUGGACCCGCACCGCAGAAUUGGCUCUACGGCACCAUGAAGCUGUCGCGCAAGAUUGGCCCGCCUAUCGCGAGGACGCAGUGGAUGCAGGCGCACGGACCCAUUUUCAAAGACUGGUCCUUCUUCGGGCGACCGAGGCUUGUACUCGCGGACAAUCGUGGCAUCGGGCACGUAAUCUCGAACUCGAUGGAUUAUCAGAAGCCGCCUUUGGGCAGGUUUAUCGCUGGUCAAGUGGUUGGAGAUGGUAUAUUGACAGUAGAGGGAAUGGAGCACAAGCAUCAGCGUCGAGUUUUAAAUCCCGCAUUUGGAGUUGCUCAGAUUCGCGAGCUUCUACCCAUUUUCUUUGAGGAGUCGUUGCGCCUUCGAGAUGCUUGGAAGAGCAAGAUAGCCGAGGAUAGCACCACUGGCCGGAUCAUCGUCGACGUUCUGGACUACCUCCAGCUUACCACGCUCGAUGUCAUCGGUCUUGCAGGAUUUGGCUUCUCUUUCGACGCACUGGAUCCUUCACCGUCGACUGACCUAGAGACGAAGGAGUUCACCGAUGCCCUUCGUAUCUUGACCAACGGUGACGCUCCUGGUGUCAUGACAGUUCUCCAAGGCAUCCUUCCACCUCUCCGGUACAUCCCUACCCCAAGAACCCGGCGUAUUGCGAAAGCUCGAGCAGUGCUCAAUCGCGUUGGAGGAAGGCUCAUCAGCGAGCGGAAACGCCUUGUCCUAGGUGACGUCGCACAAGAAAAGGUGAAGCGAGACGACGUGCAGGGCAAGGAUGUCUUGAGCAUCCUUGUACGAGCCAAUCUUGCAACCGAUCUUCCCGAACAAAGCCGCCUGUCCGAUCAAGAUAUGCUCGCUCAAAUCCCGACGUUACUUGUCGCAGGCCACGAAACGACUAGCUCGGCCGUCACCUGGGGCCUUCAUUCACUAUCCAACAAUCCCGCAGUGCAAGACAAACUCCGCGCCGAGCUUCGCGCCUGUGUUCAUGUACACGGAUCCAUGCCGUCUUCGGAGGUCCUCAACAACCUGCCCUACUUGGAAAUGUUCGUGCGCGAAGUUAUGCGGUUGCAUAGCCCUGUCACCUCGACUUCGCGCGUCGCCAUGAAAGCCGAUGUUAUUCCGACUGCCAACGAAUGGGUCGACGUCCAUGGGGUGAAGCACUCAGGUGUACCGGUCGCUGAGGGCGACACGAUCCUAUUGCCGAUGGAAAUGAUGAAUAACUUGGCCGCAAUCUGGGGUCCGGACGCCAGAACGUUCAGGCCUGAGCGAUGGGAGAGUCCUCCAGAAGCAGCGCGGGCCAUACCAGGAGUAUGGGGUAACAGCUUGUCGUUCCUCGGGGGUCCUCGCGCUUGUAUCGGGUUUCGGUUCUCUCUGCUAGAGAUGAAGGCGAUCUUCCUCACCCUAGUCUCGACGUUCAGAUUCGAGAACGCAGUGGAUCCCGAGAAGGUGUUCCGCCACUCCCUCAUUGUGGCGAGACCGAUGAUCAGGGGGGAAGAGAAGGAGGGUGCACGGCUUCCGAUGUAUAUAUCGCUCGUGGACGAGGAAUGA